AUGGCCUCUGAGUAUGACAUAAUCGACCCACGAGGGGACAUGCUCCUGCUCGUCGAGAAGCAUGCAGGCCAGUUCCACACUCGCUUGUUGACCGUGUCUGCUAGCUCCACUCUGGCAAAUGAGGGCCCCGAGCAGUCAUCGGGCGAGCUUGUCCGUGCCACCAAAAACAAUCUUCCCAGUCCCGACAUCACUCAGGCGAGAAUCCGGGUUUCGUCAAAGCACCUGGCCUUUUCAUCCCGCUUCUUCCAAGAAAAGUUCAGUAGCGAGGAGAGACUGAAUCAAGAAGACAUCCUGCCGCCUUGCUUCAACAACCUUGGCGCAUUGUACGUUCUGCUAAACGCCAUGCAUUGCCGGGCCCGGAAUGUCCCGCGUCACAUCACUCUUGACACUCUGUGCAUGCUGGCUAUAUUGAUCGAGGAGUACGAGUGUCUCGAGGCAGUGGAAGUCUUUGCUGAGACGUGGAUUAUGAACCUCUCGGAGGGCGUUCCGAAGAUGUUCAAUAAGGACGCUGGUCGAUGGCUGUACAUCGCUUUGGCCUUCCGUAACAAUGUACUCUUCCAUCAUAUGACUCGCAUUGCGAUCCGUGAAAGUCCCGGACCCGUUCCCACCUUUGGCCUUCCCGUUCCUAAUAGCUUGAUUGGCCACAUUGAACACCUGCGUCAGCACAAAGUAGACUCCAUCGUCAUCUCGCUCUACGAACGGAUGGAAUAUCUUUUGGACCAUGGCGGCUGCUGUCGCUCGUGCGAUACCAUGAUCAUUGGCUCGAUGAUGCUUCAGCUGAAGCCGCGCGAGCUCUUCCCUCCGCCUCAGGCGCCGUAUGAGGGCUUGAGCGUGGAGCAUUUGCUGCGCAUUGUCUCAGGCAUGCAGGAGCCCCGAUGCAUGGAGUUAUUUCAUGAGCAGACGGGAUGUCCCGCGAUUGGCUGUUCCUUGAUGCCGACGACACGCCUUCUCCUGCGACGGGUGGAUCACGAAUCGACUGGGUUGGAAUUGGAUUCGUUUCUCUCCGGUUGAACUGUCCUGUGGCUUUGAUCCGGUGUUUUAGGAUGGAUGAUCGCUUGGUGUUCGGAUGUGGUCCAUAUUGGCUUUGAUAUCUCACCCGAUAGGGAUUGACCUUGGAUGUAAUAUGAAUUUGAACGAUCAUGCAAAUUGACA